AAAUCCUUCUUUAUUCUCAAAACUCAUAAAAAUUGAUAAAUUUUCCUCAUUUACAGAUUCAAUCAUUCAUUAAAUCUAAAUAGAAUUAAAUUAUUAAAAAAAAAAAAUGAUUUGGUCGACAACUAUCGACAAAAACUGUGAUUCAUUAUUCAUCAAAACAAUCAGCAAGAGCAACAAACCUUUAAUUGGAUUAGAAUACAUUAUCGAGUUUGAUGACCUUAAUAAUGUUCUGAGGCCAUUCUACUGCACUUUAUGUGAUACACAUUGCAAUGAACUGGAACUCAUAUUUCAUUUGACGACUCAUGAGCAUAUGAUUAAGUACUUGGAGCUCAAUUUUCCAUCAACAAUGAAAAUCCUCGAUGCGAGUAAAAAGUUCAACACAAUCUCAACUUUUCGAGAGCAGUGCCUGUCCAAAAUCUCUGAGCGACUUCAAAUCUAUUUAGUCAUUCCAAAAGUGAAGAAAUACAGCCUUAAAGUCUUCGAGGCAUGCAAAGACUCAAUUGUCAAGUCAAUCAACACAGUAAAUAAUAAUUUUAAUGAAAAAUCACUCGGAAAUUCGUCGAUGCUGCUUGAAGGCAUCGAUUUUGAUGAUGACAAUUUGCAGACUCAAAAUUGCUGCUUUUUUGAAAUUCCAAAUUCAAGUUUGAGGACUCGAUUAAAGAAAUUUUACGAAUCUUCAGACAUUUCCGAGGCAAAAAUUCACGAAAAUUACAAAAAAUUGAGAGAAAAUCCUGAAAAGCAUCCGCAGUACGUUGAAGAAUGGCAAAAUUAUUACAUUCGUCGCUAUCCAGACAUCGUCGACCUUAAAAUUGACAGUAAAAGUUACAAUUUUAAGCCUGAAUGGAUCAAAUAUUUCAUUCUGCGACUCGAGGAGCUUCAUUAUGAUGAAAUCAAUCGUAAAAAUGCUCAACUUCGUGAGGACUUGAACCUGACACAAGAAGUCAUCCACAGAGACUACGAAGACAAAAUGGUUAAAAUAAUUGGCAAGUCAAAGACCAAAAAUAAGCUUCUCGACGACUCCGACAGUGACAAUUUCAUCGAGUCAUGCAUUCGUGACCCAAAAAUCCCAAGAAGACCAAGAAAACAGCGCUGCUUUAUCGAUGAGCUUCAUUCAAUGACAAAUGAACAAAUUUUAGAUCCAAAAAGGUACGAAUUUGAUGCUCCCGGGUCAGUCUUUUCAGUUUGUCGUCAAGUUUUGGCAUUUGAAGAUGAAAUUCGAGUUUUUGAGAAUUCAAUCCGAAAAAUUUACGUCAAAGCUGCAGAAAUGGAGAAGAAAAAGUUUUUCCUAAGUGAGGAACUGCUUAUGGACGAUGAAAUUCUCAAACUACUCUCAACGAUCAAGGACAUCCUAAGAAAUGGAAUUGACAAUAAAACAAUAAAAAAGUCAUCAAUGAGAUGCGCUCAGAGGACAGUUCAGCAGUUAUAUGCGAUGGUUUUUGAGGUCGAAUACCGAAAACGACGAUUUUUGGAGAUGAAAAAGCAAGAAAAUGAGAAUAAAAUUUGCAGAUGGAGGAGCUGUUCACCAAAAAGGAAAUAUGAGGAUGAUAAGAAAAAGGAAAUUGUUGAAAAACGAAAGAAAAUUAAAGAUUGAUUUUGUGAAAGUGUCAAUAGUUAAAAAUUUAAAAUUCGAUUUUUGGAAGGCUUUUAAAGUUUUAAAACUGUUUUUAAGGUAAAAUAUUUUAACAUAUAACUGCCAUUAAUAUCUCAUGAAGUUUCGUUUAUAUAUGGUGCUCAUAUGGAUCAAUUUCUCAAAAACUUCUAAACUACCACUGGUAAACUGAAGAUUCGAGAGGAUUACUUAAGAAAAUCAAAAAUAAUACUCACAAUUUAAAUCAUUAUGUUAUGCAUUUUAUUAAAAUAAACUUUAA